UCCUGCACUGGAACCUGUGUCUACCCAUCUGCAAGGACCAGAUGUGCCCCUGAGCCUAGCCAGGCCCUGCUGCAUCAUGUUCAACCCCAUGAAUCCCCCAGUCACCAGCUAUGUUGAACACUGCUACUUGCACCCACUCCCUGGACCGACACCUGGCACCCCAGGGCCACAAGGACUUGACUUCUCCUUGUGCCAUCAGUCAAACCUCAUGGGCAGCCACCAUGGUUAUGGACUGGUGCCAGGCACCGAGCACCCAGGCACUGGUGAUGGCUCACGGUUCUCAACGCCCCGUGGUGCAGGCAAGCUGGGCAAGAAGCGGGCACUGUCCAUCUCGCCCCUGUCAGACUCUAGCAUUGACCUGCAGACGGUAAUCCGCACUUCGCCCAACUCCCUUGUUGCUUUCAUCAACUCCCGCUGCGCUUCCACCAGCAGCUCCUACGGCCACCUCUCCAUCAGCACCAUCAGUCCAUCAUUGGGGUACCAAAGUCCUCCAGGUCAGCAGAAGAGCCAAGGGCACCUGCUUGGCCAUGCUCCUCUGCUGCCCCCAUGUAGCUCCCAUGAACAUCUGCCCACCUGCCCAGGACUGCUGCACCGUGCCUCAGCUCAUGGCACCCUGAAACACUGCCAGCAGCUGAAGUUGGAGCGGAGCCUGAGCAGCCCUUUGACAGCCAAAUACCCGGAGGAGAGAUCUGAGGGUGAUGUCUCCAGUCCAGCCUCCACAGGCACCCAGGACCCCUUGCUGGGGAUGCUCGAUGUUCGGGAGGAUCUGGAGAAGGAGGACGGGAAACCUGAGGCUGAAACUGUCUACGAAACCAAUUGCUACUGGGAUGGAUGUGCCAAGGAAUUUGACACACAGGAGCAGCUGGUGCAUCACAUCAACAAUGAGCAUAUCCAUGGGGAGAAGAAGGAGUUUGUAUGCCACUGGACAGCUUGUUCCCGGGAGCAGAGGCCCUUCAAGGCUCAGUACAUGUUGGUGGUGCACAUGCGGCGUCACACAGGCGAGAAACCUCACAAGUGCACGUUUGAGGGCUGUAACAAAGCUUACUCGCGCCUGGAGAAUCUCAAGACACAUCUCCGCUCACACACGGGUGAGAAACCCUACGUGUGUGAACACGAGGGUUGUAACAAGGCCUUCUCCAAUGCUUCUGACCGAGCCAAGCAUCAAAACCGCACCCACUCCAAUGAGAAGCCCUAUGUGUGCAAGAUCCCAGGCUGUACCAAGCGCUACACGGAUCCCAGCUCCCUGCGCAAACAUGUGAAAACUGUGCAUGGCCCUGAUGCCCAUGUCACCAAGAAGCACCGAGGCGAUGUGGUGCCAGGCCGUGCACUGCCUGCCCCCAGCAUCCCUCCUGACAUGAAGCAGGAAAAAGACACCAAUGGUCCUAGCGAGGCCCGGAAGGAUGACAGCAAACUCUUGGUGCCUGACAUGGCCUUGAAGCCACAGCCCAGCCCAGGUGGGCAGUCAUCGUGCAGCAGCGACCACUCCCCUCUUGGUAGCACCACCAACAAUGACAGUGGGGUGGAGAUGACCGGCAAUGCAAGCGGGAGCUAUGAGGCUGUCCACAUUGGAGGAGGUGGUGCCUGGGGAGCCCAUGGGCACCUCAGGACUCAUGGCCUCCACAAACUAGAAAAUCUUCGCAUUGACAAAUUGAAGCAGAUGAGGAAGCCAUCAGCUACCAAGGGCCUGAACUUGCCAGCCAUUCCUGGAGCCGGCCUGGCUGGGGAGAUGCCUGGGAUCUGCAUGCCACCCCCAGUUGCCUCGCGCCGCCGCAUCACAGAGCUGUCAGCUACAGAGCUGGGCAUGCCACUGAACGAGCGCCGGAGCAGUGCCACCAGCACCAUAAGCUCAGCCUAUACUGUUAGCCGACGCUCUUCCAUGGUGUCCCCAUACCUGUCUGGGCCAUGUCUGGGGGGUGAGGCAGGGGCGCUGUCCAGCGGGGCAGGCCUGGCAGACGGCUAUGACCCCAUCUCUCCAGAUGCAUCACGACGCUCCAGUGAUGCCAGCCACUGCGGAGGGCUGCCAGGUGUGGGCAGCCUCACGCCAGCCCAGCGCUACCGUCUCAAAGCCAAAUAUGCUGCGGCCACAGGCGGCCCUCCACCCACCCCACUACCCAGCAUGGAGCGGGUGGGCAUGGGCAGCCACAGCAGCUUACCUGGGGACUACCUUACACCAGCUAUGCCCUCCUUCCUGGCAAAUGGCUCACUGCGAAGGCAUAGUUCCAACGACUACCCUGGCUAUGGAGGCAGUGUUCAUCCUCACCUGGUGCCAGGGAAUGGUGUGCGACGGGCCAGCGACCCUGCCCGGACAGUGGCCAACCCCCAUGCUCUGCCCAAGGUGAAUCGUUUUAAGAGCGUGGGUAAUGUGAAUGUGCCAGGAGUGGGCAGAGUUGCCCUGCAGCCCUUGGGCGAUUCCGAUGCCAACCUACAGCACCAUGUAUUCUCCCCACGCCCACCCAGCAUCAGUGAAAAUGUUUUCCUGGAGAGUGUGAGCAUGGAGGGCCCUGGUGCAGGCACAGAGUCUGGCUUGCUGGAGGUGGAACGGUACUUGAACUACCCUGAGGACCACUUCCAGUGCCAGGGGACAGGCAUGGAGCUCCAGGGUGAAGGCCCCUACGGCAAUACUCACCGGACCAUGGGGAGUAUGCAGCUGAACCCAGGUGGGCAUGGGGAUAUGGAAGGGGGUUUGCUUCAGUCUGAGUUCUCCCUCCCUCAGUGCCAGAUGAAUCAGCACUUCAUGAGUAUGCGUGCUGGCAAUGGGACUGUGCCUGUUCCUUGGGAUGAACCUCUCCAGGGCAACCUCGAGUUGAAUUCUGGGCAGUCAAGUGUUGUUGCCCCCACCACUCCCAUGUCAGGGAGACACCGUCAACAGCACAGUACUCAGUACUCGCUACCUAGUGCUUGUGGGCAGCAACCCAAAUUCAUGAGCACAUGCCAGGACAAUGGAUUUUCCAGUGGGCACCGGCUCAACCGACUGCAGAUCAAAUCUGAGCAGCAUUACCCAGCACCUGCCUCGGCACUUGCUCCCUGCCAGAACGCCAAACCUGCCAGGCCCAUGCAGCCUCCUGCAUCCUAUGGCCAAGCCACGAAUGUGGGGCCUGGUGGUUACCCGUCCGAGCAGCAGGCAGGUGUCAGUUACAUGGGCAUGUUGAGCCCGAGAGGUAGAAGAGCCCAGACCCCUACCCUGCAGGCCAAAGAAGUGAUGGUCCGUAGCUAUGUGCAGGCCCAGCAGGCUCUGAUGUGGGGAGACCAACUAGCUUCCAAGGGAGGGGAGGCAGGCAUGGAGUCGGACAACGAACCUGGACAGUGCCAAGCCAUGCAAACACCACUAUACCUCAGCCCCAAGUACUCUGGUUAUCAAGACAAACAGGAUCACCUGCAAGGCCUGGCAGAAAACCAGCACCUCCUAACGCCCCCAUGCUUUAGCCCUGAGAUGGUGCCACACCCACCUGAUGGUCCCAAACCACCUGGGCACCAAAACAGUCUGGCCUAUGCAGGCAAUCUUGCAGAGCCAAGCCAUUCCUAUGAGGGAGUGGAAACCAGCCCCCGACGCGUACUUCGCUUGCCGCCUGUCCGCUCCACACUCCAGGGCUCCGAUCAUCCCCUGCUAUAUUACCCAGGCCAAGGUACACACAGAGACAUGGGCAAAGGUGGGCAUAAGAUGCUGGGGCAGAUAGCAGCAAGUUGUGGGGGUUCUGAGCAUUAUGAUGGAAGCUUGGAAGAAGUGAAGGGCAGCCCCUAUCCCUACCUGGAUUCAGGGGAGCAGGUGGCCAACAGCCUGGACUCGCUGGACCUGGAGAACACACACCUUGACUUUGCUGCCAUUGUGGAAGAUUCAGAGGCACCUGCACUGCUGCCUGGCCCCCCAAGCCCUACAACUGGUCUUCUGCUGCCUGCAUCUGGUGGUGCCAACAUGGCUGUGGGUGACAUGAGCUCCAUGCUGAGCACUCUGGCAGGCGAGAGCCAUUUCCUCAACUCGCUGUCCUAAUUGGGGGGCACAAGCUAUCACGUGGGCGUGUCUGCAGCUGGUGUGUGGGGGGGCUCCCCAGACUUCAUUUGGGCAGAGGCAGGAGUUCCCCUGGAGCUCUCCACCGUUUAUGCCUUGAGGACUGGAACACCCCCACAGUCUCCCCCAGUUUGUGGGCGUCAGGCUUUUUUCAUGGGAGGGACCCUGCUGAGUCCAAGAUACAACUGGAAGAGGGGUUCCCGGGCACCUCUGCAGCAGCUAACUUGCUAUUCCCAGCCCCUCCAUUCCAGUGCCACCUUUCCCUGCCUUCCCCAGGCCUCUGGACCAGGAGGUCCUGUGCAAAAUUUUGAUGUCAAAACCAAAGAGUUCUGUCCCUGCAGGCUUCCUCCAUAUGCUGCUCCCCCUCAAAUCCUAGUCUGUCAGGACUUCAGCCGCUCUUUGCUUGACAAGACCACCCCACCUUGCUCAAGGAUGGGAGAAGGGAGAGGCUAUUCUCCAGCAUGAAGAUGUUGGGGGGAGGCAUGGGGUGCCUGGUGCUGCCUGCACCACUGUAUAUAGUGUGCAUAUGUGUAUGUUUCCCUUGGCGGUGUCACCCUAGACUUUUUUUUGUUUGAAAGCAACCACAGUGCCCCUCCCUCCCCAUUAAACCCUUUCUCAGGGGAGUGUGAGCUGUGUGCCUCUAUAUCCCUGCAGAUGGGCUCCAAGCUGACCCAUGUGCCUAGUGCUAUA